GAAAGGGAAAGAACCCUAGUAAUCUUGACACGAGUUGGGGUUUAUGAGUGAUACAUGACACUACUACUAAUCUUAAAACGAGUGACGUUUCAAUUUAGUUGUUCAGCGAUCGCAAAUCACAAUCUCCGCAUUAACGAACAAGUGAGCGUCAUUUAGGGUAUGUUUGGAGAAAUUUUUAUGUGAUGUUGCGGGCAUUGGGAUUAUUAGGUGCAUGAUUUUUGACAUUUUGGAUUUGCUUCUCCAUAGGGAUUUUAAAAGAAAAGCAAUGGCAAGUGCAAUUGGUAGCAGAGUUGAAUCUUUUCGAAACUCUCCUUUACUAAGGUUUUCUCUCAACUUCUUGAGAGCCUCUAGCUCUGCUUCCUCUUCUACUUCUUCUGCUGUUUCUUCUGCUCAGAACCCUAAGAAAUCGAAGCGAAGAAAGAAGAAAAACUUGUUUGAAGUUGCUCAGUUCUUACCGAACUGGGGAAUUGGCCACCACAUGGCCAAGUCUCACUGGAAUGAAGUUUCUUACGAAAUCACUAAACUCAAUCUCUACAAGGAUGGAAGGCAUGGAAAAGCAUGGGGGAUUGCUCAUAAAAAUGGCUUGCCAAUAGCAGAUGCUCCAAAAAAAAUUAGUGGAGUUCACAAACGCUGUUGGAAGUUCCUACCAAAUGUAGUAAAAGCAUCAGAAAGCUCAACAAACUUAACCAGUCCAAUUGAUACUGGCUUGAAAGUUGAAACUGAAGCAAGUUGAUCCUUUGUAAUGACUUUGUUUAAAGUCAUCGACAGUAGUCCAUGUCUUUUUCAAUUGGCCUAGUUGUUUUCAACUAUACUAGAUUUUUUAGUCAAUCUUGCAAUGUUUGUUAAGCUUUCAUGCUUAAUUAUUAAGUUUAUGUUUGUAAUCAAAUGAACUCUUUCUACUAUGAAACGUGCUUUGAGGGCGUAAUCUGGAUAGAUUUGGCUGUUACUA